ACGCGCUGGGAGCCGCUGGGGCUGGGGUUGGGGCUCAGUUGCACUUUCUCGAUGAGGGAGGAAACUCCGAGCAAGGGUGACUUCCAGGCGGCAAAAGCAGGGUUUUGUUAUUGUUUUUAAAAUGGGUGGCGUUGAGCACCCUUAGAUUUGGACGUAAUUGUGUUAAAGGUGCCUCCGGGACUUCCGGGUGACUCGUAGGUUUGGACACCCACUUCGGAUCCGACGUAGGGGGUGGGCAUGGCCCUUUAAUAAAGCAGACACACACCCUUGUCCUCUCAGCGCUGGCGGUCUGGGGAGCCAGUUUGGAACUUCGGGAGCCAUUUUACGCAGAAAUCUUGUGAGAGCACUGCACAACCAGGGUGAUGAUUGUACAAAGAAUAGUACUCAAUUCCCGACCUGGAAAAAAUGGUAAUCCAGUGGCAGAGAACUUUCGAAUGGAAGAAGUCACUGUACCAGAUACUAUCAAUGAAGGACAAGUACGAGUUAGAACUCUUUAUCUUUCUGUGGAUCCCUACAUGCGUUGUAGAAUGAAUGAAGACACUGGUAGUGGUUAUAUAACACCUUGGCAACUGUCUCAAGUGGUUGAUGGUGGAGGUGUUGGAAUUAUAGAAGAAAGUAAGCACACAAAUUUGACUAAAGGUGAUUUUGUGACUUCAUUCUAUUGGCCCUGGCAGACAAAAGUCAUUCUGGAUGGAAAUAACCUUGAAAAGGUAGACCCACAGCUUGUGGAUGGACACCUUUCAUAUUUUCUCGGAGCUAUAGGUAUGCCUGGUUUGACUUCCUUGAUUGGGAUACAGGAAAAAGGUCAUAUAACUGCUGGAUCCAAUCAGACGAUGGUUGUCAGUGGGGCUGCAGGUGCCUGUGGAUCCUUGGCUGGGCAGAUUGGCCAUUUGCUGGGCUGUUCCAGAGUGGUGGGAAUUUGUGGAACACGUGAAAAAUGCCAUCUCUUGACCUCAGAACUGGGCUUUGAUGCUGCAAUUAAUUAUAAAGAAGGGAAUGUGGCAGAACAACUCCGUGAAUUAUGCCCAGCUGGAGUGGAUGUUUACUUUGACAACGUUGGCGGUGACAUCAGUGAUAAAGUGAUAUGUCAGAUGAACCAGAACAGCCACAUCAUCCUGUGUGGUCAGAUUUCUCAGUACAACAAAGAUGUGCCUUAUCCUCCUCCGCUACCUCCUGCAGUAGCCACAAUCCAGAAAGAAAGAAACAUCACAAGGGACCGAUUUCUGGUGCUAAAUUAUACAGACAAAUUUGCAGAUGGCAUUCUACAGCUGAGUCAAUGGUUUAAAGAAGGAAAGCUAAAGAUCAGAGAGACUAUGAUAAAUGGAUUGGAAAACAUGGGAGCUGCAUUCCAGUCCAUGAUGACAGGAGGUAACAUCGGGAAGCAGAUAGUUUGCAUUUCAGAAAAAAUCUCUUUGUAAUAUCUGUAAAUCUUCUCGUCAGGGAAAUCACUUUUUUUUUUCUUUUUUUUUUGCACAAAGAUUUUUAAGAUUCAUUAAAGAAAAAAUAUUAGGGUACAAAUAACUCUUGGUUUAAAUAUGAUCAUAGGUGAUAUUUUCUUAGUUGCAUAUUCUUUCCUAUGGGUUUCAUAUCCUAUAUACACUUACAUUCAAGAUAGGAUUAUUUACAAUAAAAUCAAAUGAUCAAAUUUUUUUUUUUUGCUAAAACUAAUAUAUGUUAUUUUUUGUCAGGUAUUCUGAACUCAUUAAUGAGUUGAUAUAAUUGUUAAUGGAUCCUACACAAUAGAUUUUGAAAUUUAUUAGUUUGAAAUAUAAUGCUUAAGAGACAGUAAACAUUUGAACUGGAAAUAUUUUACAUGAUCCUUAAGUUGAAACUUGAUGUUAAAAAUAGAAUUGGGAUGGCCUUUCCAUAUUGUAUAUAGAAAAGAGACUUAGUAGAAUAAUUCGUAUGUAGAGAUUGGGUAUAGAGAUGGCGGUGUGCAGAGCUUGUUUCUGGGAUAGGAGAGCAGAGGCUUGGGGUUAGAAGAGCAUGAGAAUAACAGGUAGGUUAAGUUGAUAGGCUAGAAUUACUCCAGAAGAUGAUCUGUUUCUGUUUUGCCAAAUCAUUUUCUGAAUAGCCUAGAACCUCUAGGCAUGUUUAGAUUAACAAGUACAUUGUGUUGAAUAAUUUAGGAGGCACAUAAAUAAUAAAUGUCAUUUGGAGUUUUAGGUAGUUAAAAAGAUUUAGACAACAAAGACAGGACUGACUGACCAAGUUAACAAAUGUUUGAAAACAUAACUGUUAAAGACCACUGGUGGUGUACCUCUAACUAAGAAUUUGUUUUAUUGUAAUCAAUUCUUUAAAACAGUAAAAUAAUUUUUUUUCUGAGCC